GCAUUGUAGUCAUUAUCAUCAUAAUCAUCAUCAUCAUGAAGACUCUACUGAUCCUCUCUGCCAUCCUCUGUGCUGCUCUGUCCAUCGAGGCUGCAACUGUGGUUCCAGCUGAGGCUGCUGCUGAGGAGCAAGCUGCUGCAAAUCCAGAGGUGGAAGCUGGGGGUGCUGUGGCUUUUGGGAGGGCAGCUGUUCUGCCUCAAGCUCGUUUAAGCUUCUGCCUUGACGGUUGGCAUAGUUUUCGUGGUAACUGCUACCUCCUUGUCAACACUCCUGAGACCUGGAGAAAUGCUGAGAGUUACUGUGCUAGUUUUGAGGGCAGCCUGGUCUCAGUCCACAGCAUCUGGGAGUAUCGUUUCCUCCAGCGCCUGGCUAAGACCGGCGGUCACUCUCUUGCCUGGAUGGGAGGUUACUUCUUCCAGGGUGACUGGAGGUGGGAGGAUGGCACACUGUUUGACUACAGCAACUGGGAACCGUUGAGCUCCACCAGCAGCUACCAGUGCCUGCAGCUCAACUCUGAUGAGUCCAAGGGCUGGUCCAAUCAUGGCUGCAGCAUGCGUUUCCCCUUCAUCUGUGAGCUGCGGUCAAACUGCUAG